AUGCUCCAAAGCGAAGGACCUAAGCACAUAUCCACAGUUUUGUGGUCUGGUUCAAUGGGCAGCUAUUUGAAAAUCCUUUUUUCAGCAGUGCUCAAGCUGGUUAGGUCUGGAAUGAAGCAUGGCGACCUACCUGCUCAAGCUUCUAAAGUAAUUGAUAUUUUCUUGGGAUGACCUGAAAAAAAGGAUACCAGUAGGUGAAUUCCACCCAAUUCAAUUUGGCCACCACACAGCUUCUAA